AACAGGCAGCACAAAGGUUAAGUCAGGAUCAUGCAGUUAUACAUUGACUUGCAUUCCUACCAGCAGCUCAGCAGGACAGCUCCUUGAUAAACUCGGACAGUGGAUUCUUCAUGGUCUGAGGUAGAAGGCUGAGUGAUGGGGUCAUAUCCAGCCCUGGCGUUCAUCCUGCUGUUUUCAGCGACCCUGCCUUCCAGUUGUGAUGGUGGAAAAGUGCUGGUUUAUCCGGUAGAUGGGAGCCACUGGCUAAACAUGAAAAUCCUGUUGGAGGCGCUUCAUUCAAAGGGCCAUCAGAUCACGGUUAUUCGUUCCUCCACCAGCUGGUACGUUUCAGAAUUCUCCCAACAAUACACCUCCAUCACUAUCAUCCAGGAACAAUCCCAAAACUUAGAGAGCCAAGACUUCAUGACCUCUUUCCUGAAGAGGUCGAUAGAGAUCCGUCGGAAUAAAGGCUCACUAUGGGGGCUCCUCGAGUUUUAUAGGAAUAUUUUCAGCAUGAUGCGGGAGAACCAGAAAGUUGUGGCACAAGUGGUUGUCAGCAUCUUCGAGAAUAAGACACUUAUUAAGGAGCUGCAGGAAACUGGAUAUGAUAUGUUUCUGACUGACCCUGUAUUUCCAGGUGGAGUGCUGUUAGCACACUAUCUCAAGCUUCCCUUGGUUUUCAAUGUGCGUUGGCUUUUCAAUGGCGAGGGACACUUUGCCAUUGCUCCAUCACCUCUUUCCUAUGUCCCUACAUUGUUCACUGAGCUCUCUGACAAAAUGGACUUUUUCCAGAGAAUCUACAACGUAUUCCGGCAAAGUGCAAUGACUUACAUGUACCACUAUGUCUCGAAUCCACCUUACCAGGCUGUGUGUGAUCAUUAUUUUGGACCUGAUGUCAGCGCCCUGUCUCUCAUCCAGGGUGCUGAUCUCUGGCUAAUGCGGGCUGACUUUACAUUUGAGUUUCCUCGUCCCACCAUGCCCAAUGUUGUCUAUAUCGGAGGCUUCCAAGGAAAGCCCUCCAAGCCUCUUUCAUCAGAUUUGGAGGAAUUUGUGCAGAGUUCUGGUGAGCAUGGGGUGAUUGUAAUGACUCUGGGGACCCUGCUUAGCGACCUGGGCCCUGAAAUAUCGGAGAUAAUCGCCUCAGCAUUUGCAAACCUCCCCCAAAAGGUUGUGUGGAGACACUUGGGGAAAAGACCAAAAUCUCUGGGAAACAAUACCAUGCUGGUUGAAUGGCUGCCUCAAAAUGAUCUUCUAGGUCACCCUAAAACCAAGGUUUUUGUCACGCAUGGGGGUACUAAUGGUAUUUACGAGGCCAUAUACCACGGUGUCCCAGUUCUGGGCAUUCCUCUCAUCUUUGACCAGUACGACAACAUGGUGCGUCUGAAGUCCCGGGAAGUGGCCGAGAUUGUUGAAGUGACAACCUUGGAAGUUGAGUCUAUGACUAGUGCUCUGAAGAAUAUUCUGGACCCAAAGAAGCCAUACAAACAGAACAUGGUUAAACUGUCACAGCUUCAUCUUGACAAACCAAUGAAACCCAUAGACAGUGCCGUUUUCUGGAUGGAGUUCGUCAUGAGGCACAAGGGUGCAGCCCAUCUGCGCACAGAGUCAUACAAGUUGCCAUGGUAUGCCUAUCACUGUCUAGAUGUGAUAGCAGUCUUUGUAGCAUUUGGUUUACUGAUCAUUGCUUUAGUUUGGGUAUCUUGUAGAUGUCUCAUUGGAUGUUUGAUAAAGACCAAGUCCACAUCAAAGUCAAAGAAUGAAUAGAUAACGAUGAUGUAAGCUGGAGAGUUGAUAAGAGUGAGAUAGAACAUCUGUAAAUUACAGUGGGACAAAAACUAUGAAAUAAUAAAUAACAUUAAUAUAUCAGUAGGAUAGUGUUGUUAAGUCUUAUUCAUAAUAACGUUAAACUGUUCAAAUCAUUAGCACUAUUCAAUCUACUGAAAUGUAUUUUUGAAGAAAAUAAAAAUGGGAUCUUUGCAUCAUUCACAUGCAGUAUAGUGUUUCAUGAACUAGUUUUACAAUGGUAUGUUGCUUUCCCCUCUUUCUGACAAUUAAUUAUCAUCAGUUUGUAUGUUGCAAUGCCUGUGAACAGUUACAAAAAUAAUAAAAUGAUUGACGACGUUUCUUUUUUUCAAAA